GUCUAUUGAUGACCUAAUUGGCCGCAACGAAAACACUUGUUGCGUUCCUGGAGGUAUAUGCGUUCUGCGGGUGCGAGUUUUUGGAGAGGACGGGGUGGAGAGGCAGAGGGCGGUCGGGAGGCAUGAUCCUGGCGUUCCAUCCGCAUAAGGUGGGCGGUCUGGAGGUCCUCAAUGGUGAAUUGGGAGGGGUCGAGAGAGGCAGUGUCGAAGUCGUCAUCGGAGAUGAACGCAAAGUCGGGAAUGACGGUGGUGGGGAGGUGGUGGCGGGGGGAGCGGACAUAUUGGACGAAGCGGUCUGUGGGACCGGUCUGGCUGAGGUGGUAGAAUUGUUCAAGGUGGUCAUCAAUGGUUUUCUGGGGGCGAAAGGUGGCAGUGAGAAGGUUGGCCCAUUGGAGGAAGGAGUGACGUGGUCCUCCGGAGGCUCGACGGUUGCUGACUUCAGCCAUCCACCAUUUGGCGACAUUGUCGAGGAGGCGGGAGGUGGCAAUGGGGAGCCAGUGGGCAAGGGGCAUGUGGUGGAGGUUGAAGGGUUGGUGGAUGUGGUGGUAGAGGUGGUAGGAGUGGAGGAGGUCGGCGAGGGGGUGUUGCUGGAGGCGGUUAUGGAGGAGGGAGUGGUUUGCGCUGUGGAGGAGGGAGUGUUGUGGCCGAUGCUAUCGACCGAGUCGGUGCGGAUGUCAGACAUGUUGAUGGAGGAUGCGGUCAUAUCGGGGGAAGAGGGGGUGGAGGACGCGGCCGAAACGGACGUGGAGGAUGACGCAGCAGCGGUGGCGACGGCAGCAGCGACGGCGUCAGCAGCGGCGCUUUGGGAGACCUUGGACGAGGAAGAAUUAAGACAGCUUCGUGCCGAACGCAGAGCCCGUGCUCUCGCAGCAUCGAGAGCAACAACAAACGCCGCAGCUAGGGAACAGGCUGCCGCAACAGCUAGGGCAGCAGCCAUGACUAGCUCAGCAGCAUCCUCUGCGGCUUUGUCAGGGACUAAUGGGAUGAGUGUGGGAAUGCCAACGAGUUCCACAAGUUCCUCGGGCACUUCCGGUUCUACAGGUUCUAGACAGUCUUCUAGUCAAAUGGCGGUCGCGCAGUUCAGCCUGUUGACCCCGCGUGAGAGGGAGCUCAGAGAGAUCCAGCAGGUCGAGAGGCUCCGCCGUAAGUUAGAGCAGGACCUGAAAGAUGCUACCGAUAGAGAAAAUGUGAUGAAAAGUAGAGCAGCCAGACUUGAGACGUUAGAGGCUGACAAGGCUGCGUUAGAGGGAUUGGACGAAUCGAGUUUGUCUGACACCCAAAAAGUGUCGAGGGACAACAUGUUGUCACUGCAUGCGCACGUAGACAGCAGGAUGGACUUCAUGCAAAGCACUUUGGACCAGAUCCUGGAUGCCUUAACAAAGCCAGGAUUCCGACCACCAGCACAAUCGCCGUUGCCGUUAACGGCGAUGUCAGGCCCCUUUGCGGUUCAAGCUGGCACACAGCCAAGUGGCACAUCUGCAGCAGUCUCACAGACUGUUGCGUCUUCUUCUUCGGGUCCAGCGGUCACCGCAACAACCUGUUCCUUCACAGGGACAGCCGCAAGGUCAAUGGUAUCCCAAGACCCCAAUGAAACCGCCCCUUGCCUUCUCAGUAAGUCUGUUGAGGAGCACGCACAACAUGUUGUGAGAAUUCUCUCACUCCUCCGACAGCACAAGUAUAAGGUCAACUUAGAGAAGUGUGAAUUCGGUCGCACUAAGAUACUAUACUUGGGUCAUGAAGUAUCCGCGGAAGGGAUAAGGCCGGAAGAUGCAAAGGUGGCUAGUAUUCGAGACUGGCCACGACCUCAGACUGUCACUGAGGUCAGAUCAUUCUUAGGAAUGUGCGGCUACUAUAGGAACUUCGUAAAGAACUAUUCAACAGUCACCUCUCCUUUGACUGAUCUAACUCGACUUGACACACCGUGGGACUGGAGUGAUGAGUGCGAGGGUGCUUUCAAGAGAUUGAAGCAUGCACUCAUGAAUCAUGAAGUUCUCAUGGUUCCCGAUCUGCAGAAGCCAUUCAUAGUGACCACUGACGCAAGCCAAUACGGCAUUGGCGCAGUGCUGGCUCAGCAGGAUGGGAAAAAGUUGAGACCGAUUGAGUACAUGAGUAAGAAGAUGCCAUCGAAGAAGUUGGCUAAGUCCACCUACGAAAGGGAACUCUAUGCUCUCUACAAGGCACUUGUCCAUUGGAGACACUUCCUUUUGGGAAGGUUCUUCUAUCUGAGGACUGAUCAUCAGACCCUCAAAUGGAUCAAGACUCAACCGGCUCUUUCUGAUGCACUCAAGCGAUGGAUUGAGGUCAUAGACCAAUAUAACUUCAAGCUUCAGUACCUGAAGGGAGAGUACAACAAGGUUGCAGACGCGCUAUCCCGUAGCGCAGACUACCUAGGUGCGCUAGUUUCUGACUUUGGCGUAUCUAAUGAAGUAACUCAAUCAUUGGUGGGAGCCUAUCAGGAAGACCCUGUCACGAUGGACAUCAUCCGCAAACUUCAGGCAAAAGACAAGGUCACAGAAAGUGAGUUUGUGAUGGUGGAUGGGCUAAUCUAUCUUGAUAAGGCCAGAGUAAAGAGAUUGGUAGUUCCAUCUAGUGAAUAAAUGCUAGAUGACGCCAAGAAGUAUGUUGAGACCUGUCAGGUCUAUCAGCGGGACAAGCCGCGAACUCAAGCACCGCUUGGGUUAUUGAAGCCUUUACCCAUUCCUGAUGGUCCAAAAUUGAGUGUUUCCAUGGAUUUCAUGGACACCCUGGUGACCAGCAAGAGUGGUAAGAGGCACAUUUUCGUCAUCAUUGACAGAUUCACCAAAUACGCUAGACUAGUACCAAUGCCAGAGACAGCCAGGACAAAAUACGUCAUCGAGUUGUUCAAGGACAACUGGGUGAGGGACUUUUGUUUACCAAAGACCAUCAUUAGUGACCGAGACGUCCGAUUCACAAGUGAGCUGUGGAAGAAGACUGCAGAACAGAUGGGCAGUCAACUUCAGAUGACUUCAGGGAAUCAUCCCGAAGCCAACGGACAGGCCGAACAAAUGAAUAGAGUUGUACAACACUUGCUGAGGCAUUACAUCAAGCCCAGCCAGGAUGACUGGGAUGAGCAGUUACCUCUCAUCGCCAGCCUGUACAACAAUGCUAUACACAGUAGUACCGGCGCUAGUCCUAACCAGCUACACUUGGGUUGGAAUCCUAGAUCCGCAUUAGGCUUCCUCCUUCCUGAAAACCGACCUGCUGCAACCCCAGGCACACUGGAGUUUGGUGUGCAGUAUGAAAAGUUGUUGCAAGACGCUGUCGAACAUAUGAAGAAAGCUCAGCAAGCAAUGAUUGCUUCUAAGAAUCAACAUCGUAGACAAUCCUCAUUUCAGGUAGGGGAACGUGUCUGGGUCAAGGCUAGUGAGUUAGGACAAGAGUUCGGAAUAUCUCGCAAACUAAUGCCUCAAUACUUUGGUCCCUGGGAAGUCUUGGAUAUAGUGGGAGAUGAGUUGGAUGGUCCCACAUAUGUCAUUCGUGUCCUUGGACACUUACGCAUUCACCCAGUCUUUCAUGCCUCAAAGCUUGCACCUUUCGCUGAGACUGAUCGUUUCCCUUCCAGGACAUCGAUGCUGCCCCCAACCAUGGAUGGUCAAGUUGACAUCGACGACAUUGUGGAUCACAGGGACAUGCCUGUUCCAAAGCCGCUGGGCCGAGGAAGACCUCCCAAGCCCAAGAGAGAGUACCGCGUCAGAUUCAGGAAUCACACGGAUCCAAAAGAAGAUCGUUGGUUUACCAGGGAGGAACUGAUUGACACAGCUCCUCAGGUGGUGGCAGACUACGAGAAGAAACUGAAAGGGAAGGCACCUGCAAAGUAAGCAUCUCAGCGGACUUUCGAAGCUAAGGGAGAUGGAAUGUACAGAUUGAGCCCUCAAGAAGGGGCCUUGCCAUGAUGUACAUGUUCUGGGCUAAGGCCCCAGCAAGCCUAGUGCCCGCCCUAAGUGAAGGCGGGCCAGCAAAUCAACAAGAGCCCUCUAU